AUGAGUGUGGCUUUAUCGGCAACUAUCCAGCAGAAUCCACACAAUUCGAACAAUAUGAUGAAUCCGUCACUGCCUAAUUUAACUGCAUCGGAAUGUCGACAGUCGGAAGAGCUGAAUAAUCAAAUGAUGAAUUGUUUAAGUUUUCAACCAUCUCGAUAUACAAGUGAGUUUGUGCGUAAACAAUUGCAAAAUACAAUUCAUGGAAGACAAAAGCCAACAGGUGGAAAGGAUAUUUCAGCACAUAAUUCUCUCUCAGCAAAUCUUGAAUCCAAUCAAAAAGGAGCCUAUUUUCGAAACCAAUUAGCGUCUCAAAUGUCAACACCUCCGUUGCAGACAAAUCUUAGACAACCAGGCCAACAGCAACAUCAAGGCAAAGCAACAUGA